UUUAUUAUUUUUUUUUUCUUUUUCUAUAAAUUUUUUUUUUAAAAAAAUGGUUCCUAACCUAUUAACUUUUCCCAUAAUAUAAAGGAAAGACUCGACCAAAUGUAUUUUAACAAGACACAUUAGCAAGAUUUAGGAAUUGAAAAAAAAGGGUGACGAUAUGUGAAAGUAAGAGGAUGAUGUUAUGUAAAAUUCUGAACCCAUGCCACUCACAGAGAGAAUAAAAUGAUACAGUAUUUGAAAAAGUCCUAUCCAUGCGUGGGCCAUGCAAAAGUGUCAUGUCUUCUUUAAUUUUGUCAUAAUAUGCAAAGUUGAAGUUGAUCAGAGUAUGCUUUAUGUUAUACAUACAUACUUCAAGUAUCAAUUCUGCUGUUUUAUGCAAAAAUUAAUUCCACUAUCAAGCUAAUAGUAACUUUGCAAGAGCCUAGAGGAAACAUCAACAUCAAGAAGCUAGCUCUUUCCAAUCAAAAUGGCUUCCUCUUCUGCAAAGGCAAAGAUGGUUACUGUGUUGAGCAUUGACGGAGGUGGCAUUAGAGGGAUAAUUCCCAGCACUCUCCUCAGUUUUCUUGAAUCAAAGCUUCAGGAAUUGGACGGACCCAAAGCAAGAAUUGCAGAUUAUUUCGACAUAAUUGCAGGAACAAGUACAGGUGGUCUAGUCACCACCAUGCUUACAGCUCCCAAUAAGGAACGCCGUCCCAUGUAUGCUGCAAAGGACCUCAUCAAUUUCUAUUUAGAGCACUCUCCCAAGAUUUUUCCCCAGGACAGAAACACAAAUAUUUUGAGUUCAAUGACAAGCACGUUGUGUGGUAUGAGGGGACCAAAAUAUGACGGGAAGUACCUGCGGUCAUUGACAAACGAGCUACUUGGCAACCUAACUCUGAAAGAGACCCUAACAGAUGUGAUUAUACCAAGCUUUGAUAUCAAGCUCCUUCAGCCAGUGAUCUUUUCAACCAAUGAUGCAAAGAAGAAUGAAUGGAAGAACGCUAGGCUAGCAGAUAUUUGCAUUGGUACCUCUGCAGCACCCACUUUUCUUCCAGCACAUUACUUUGAGGUAGAAGAUGCAGAGGGAUACGUUCGCAGUUUUGAUCUCAUUGAUGGUGGAGUUGCUGCAAAUAAUCCAACGAUGAUGGCCAUAAGCCAGAUUUGGAAAGAAAUUUUGAGGCAUAACAUUGAGUCACAUGACAUAAAACCAAUGGAGUACAGCAAGAGAAUGCUAGUUCUGUCACUGGGAACAGGUGCAGCGAAGCAUGAAGAAAAGUAUGCAGCUGCCACAGCCUCAGAAUGGGGUUUGUUUAAAUGGAUGUAUGACAAUGGUGCAACUCCAUUGCUCGACGUAUAUGGCGAUGCAAGUUCUGAUAUGGUCGACUUUCAUGUGUCCACCUUCUUCCAAGCCCUUGGUUCCAAGAAGAACUACCUUCGUAUUCAGGAUGACACAUUAACAGGAGAUGCCGCAUCAGUUGAUAUUGCCACCCCGGAGAAUCUGCAAAAGCUUGUGGAGAUUGGAGAGGCGCUAUUGAAGAAAUCAGUGUCAAGAGUGAAUUUGGAUACUGGCAGGUUUGAGAAAAUUGAGGGCGAGGGUACUAAUGAAGAAGGUCUUACCUAUUUCGCCAAAUUGCUUGUUGAAGAACACAAGACCCGACAAAAAAAAUGAAAGCACUCGAAGUCUCUCCUUUUGAUCUAAAAUAUUUGGAUUGGAUGCUUUAAUAAGAGUAUUAAUUAGAACUUUAUUUGUGUGAGUUUGAACAAGCUAGAGAGGGGAUGUUCAAGAGUCUCACAUUGAUUAGGCGUUGGCAUUGGUUUGAUUAUAUGGUACUAGUCUACCUCCUAAGUAUUUCAGUUAUGGCUUGGAUUCUUUGGUGAGAUUAUUAUUACAAAUAUUAUAGAUAUGGGGCUUUCAUAAUGUCUUGUCCUAUUCAUUUUCUGAAAGAAUAGAGGGAAAUUUUGAAA